UCUCGCCACGCUUUCAAUAAAUGCACUUCUUUGAUGUGCGAUAGGGACUGAUCAUGAGAUGAACGCCUUUGACACCUUCGGUUCUCCAAGUGCGUUGUUCAGUUUCUGAUCAGUUAAUUUACCCCCGUGUCUGGGGUUUCAUGAUCUGUCUGGUGCUGGCAGGCACUUUCAUUUCACAGUUCAAGCUGAGAAUUUUCAGGGAGAAGAAAGAGACAGUCGUGUGCACGCAUCAUUGUGUCCUAAAGGGUUAGGAUGCCCGGAGUGCGCUCAGUGCUUGGAAGCAUUGGGAGCGGAGGAAAACGUGGCAGACAUUCUCGCCCUCCCACCUCCCCGCAGCGCACACAGGCUUACGAGGAAUUUGUUUUUCUAUCAGCUGCAGCGGGGAACGUGUACAUCUUUUUGUCUGCCAGAUUUGGAUGUCCGGGCGAGAACGUUAACACGUGCACGGAAAACGAUGAGUUCUCAACAAGCCGGACGAUGAUCAACGCCAAGUGCUCGGGGGUAAGGACUACAACAUCAAGGCAAAGCAGCCGGUGCUGUAAACAGGUGCCACAAGCCGGAUCAAACAUGUCAACAACAGGGCUGGCUCACUGUUACGACAUAUCUUACAAAUAAAAAAUAAAAAAAGCAGAGAGAGAGAGCGCUCUGAUCACAAUCCUACCGGUCGUUGGUUUCCAACCAAAUUCAUCAGUAAUAUUCAUUUUGUUGAAUUGGUGUUUUACGCCGAGGCUAUAUCACGGAAAGGCAGCCAGCCCUGUAAACAGAUGCCACAUACAGAGAAAGAGACUAGAGCUGAGCCCAGGACAGCCAACCCUCACUGUAUUGGCGACAGUCGCUAUCCGUUGCGCCACCGGACCGCCCCAGAGAGAGUUGCUGGUAACUCUCCCAUUUUAUCUCCCCUUCACUUCAAACGCUGUGCUCCAGUUGACAGCCUGUCAAGGUACAUAGGACUCAUUAAGAGUACAUGCUUCACUAUUUCGCCACACUGACCCGAAUGAAAAAGCUUGAGUCAGGUGACAGAUCGAAAUCUGACAAUAAGGUUAUAUCUGGAAAAAUCAGCGGCAAAAAGCAACUAGCUAGUCUUAUAAAUAAAUUAGGUGGUGGUGGUGGUGGUGGUGGUGAUGCUGGGGUGACAUUUCAACAUAGCGUAUCACAGUAUAGUGAAUCACAGGUGGGACAAAUAGAAGUGGGGGUUCAAAUCUCUCACAGCAAUCCUCGUAGCAUGCAAGACGCAAUUUCCCGUUUGAAGUGCUGAAGAAAGGAACAGAAGGUGCAGAGGUGCAUCUCAGAGAAUUGCAGAACAACAGUCAAGAAUCACAUGGUCAAGAAUCUGCCUCUUGCUGUAAACACUCAAAAAGCUCACUCUGUAGCUGUUAUCUUCAUACGCAAUGCAGUUGUUUACAGUCACAUGCACGGUCGCUUGCAAACGAACAGGAGAAAAUCAGAAUUCUGUGAAAGCUGAUUCUUUGGAAGACGACCCUUGUAAAAAUGAGAGAAGAGAGCAUGUUGGGUGUGUGUGUUCAAGAAGCUCAUAGGGUCUGUCCUUCAUCGGAAGCGGGGCUGGGUGAAUAUUUUAUUUGCAUGGUGGUCAUAGGAAAAAAAUUGCCAACGGUCGUCACCUAUACAGCAACACGUGUUCGUUUAAAAAGCCUUUAUAGAUACUUUUUAUUCCAAAUAAUGAAAGCUUGGAAUACUGUAACACGGCGUGAAAGAAACAUUAAAUAAAAUGUAUACCUCAGGAUUGAAACGAAGAAGAAUUUGAAUAUGUAAUCCCACUAUCCUGUCCUAACGAGCUCAAAACGCAGGCAACAUUUUGAAAUGUUCUCUGGUGCCAACUGGAGCAGACGGUACCAUGACAGUGAGGUGUGCGCACCGUAGGGCACUCAUUGGAUUCUCGCUUAUCUGAUGUUUGUAGCUGUCGAGGGAUUGCACCCUUCUCUGCAGACGAUCAAUUAUGGAUGAAAUCGAUAAGCAAGCAGUUCUGGGCAUUUCAACAAUGGGACGUUCUUUCUUCUUGUCGACCUUUUUUUGUAAUUUGUGAGCCACACACAAGAAGAGUUCAGAGCUGUGCCAGCUAAUCAGAAAAUGGCCACUCUCAUUCUCUCAUUCUCUCAAUGUCUGUCUGUCUGUCUCUCUGUCUGUCUGUUUUUUUCUCUCUUUCUCUAUAAGCUCUCACUGAUAGAAGUUAGGAGCAUAAGACUACAGGUAUCAAGAGUUGUCCACAGCUGUCCAGAGUAUGGUAUAGCUGUAUGCCACAACUACUCCGGAUUCAUUUUGUAUUAACGUUCAUUCCAACCUUUGUGUUCAUUAAAUGUUUGUAAAAAUAGUUUUGUGUCGAAUAAUUGUUCUUAAAAUAAAAGAGGAAUCACUAAAGGACUUUCUAUGUCUUAUCACACAUCUUGAGUUGUAGAAAGAGUAUAAAUUAGCGUGUUGAAAUUAUAGUGGUUGAUGAACCAAUAGCUUGAUAAUGGUCACAAAAGAAAAGCUAGGACAGAUGAUCGAUCAUGCAAUUGCAAGUUUGAUAGGAUAAUGGCAAUGAAACAGAAGGAAAUGACAGCUAAAACGAGGGAGAGACAGAUUUAGAACUAUAGAAAAUCCUGCAGACAGCACACCCACACACCAUCACCAUCACCACCUGAUUUCCUAGAAAGCCACAAUCACCAAACCAACCAAUCAAAUGCAUUUAGGAAGUGACUUCAAGUUAUCAAAUUUAUAAGAUAAUGCCAUGGUAUUUCUGGUUAUCUGAAGUCUGAUAGCAAAUUAGCGAGGCGGCUUUUACCACAGUAUGCCAGUCAGUAAUGAUGGUUGCUGAUAGACUAAGUGCUUAAAGCUAUACUGGAAAGGUAGGUCUCGAAUCCCGGAAAGCAGAAGAACUCUGCAAUGAUGAAACUAAUACAGGCUAGGAUACAAUUAAUUUUGAAACUUACAUCAAAAUUCCCAGCGUGGGAAGGUUUCUCGUCGAUAUCAAAUAAAACUUGCAAAAAUAAACUGAAUGGUGUUUGGGUUUAAAAAAAAAAAAGAGAGAAAGUCGCUUGUAACCGUCUCCUUAAAUACACUGGUGCUGUUGUUUGACACCCUAGGGAGUUUAUGAAUUUGCCUUUAUAGCUGAGUCCGCAUGUUUACAUGAUGGCGUCACAGGGGUUUGCGCUCAGCUGACGAAGAACGAUAAACUCUUUGAGUCUCUUAAAAGUACAUGCAGCAGCAGCAGCAGCUCCAGAAGAUACGGCAAAUGCAAUCACAUACGAAAAAAAAACAACUGUGGGUCGCGGUGGUAGCUGAAGGAAAUUCGAGCAAGAGGACCGGGUGCACGUGCACCAAGUACAUGCUAGAAGAGGGCCAGGACACGGCAGCUUGGUGUCUGUUCUGCAUCAGACAAUAACGGUCCCGAAUUAUCGUCUGCUUCAUGUUGCACAGUCAGCGAUGGGGUAAGUUCCGGAAACACAGAAGCGAGUCCAACAGAAAACAGAGGACGUCAGUCGAUGGCCCGGGCUGCUGCAUGUGGCGUUGUCCGUUUGGUUUGACUGCAAACCGUCUGCUACAAACUGACGGACACCCGCAGGUCACGGUGCUUGUGUGUGACCAUGCCUUUACUGCAAGACUAAACGAGAGACAUCCGCUGUUAACUACAGAACAACCGUGGGUAAGAGUCGUUACCAUGGUGAACGCGACGACAAACCCGUUUGUCGGAAAGCCGCUGACUUGGAGGGUGCAGCUCUCGGUUCUCACCCUCGGAUUACUGGUCUUCAUCAGCGGUGUCAUCGGCAACGUGCUGAUCAUGAUGACAUUAGUAUCCCAGAAGUCCCUGCACUCCGUGCACAACAUCUUCAUCGCCAACCUGGCCCUCGCCGACCUAGUGAUGUCCGCCUACAUCAUGCCCUUCUGGCUGCUGGACCUGGUCCUCGGCCACCACCCGGUAGUGAAUAACGUCCACUGCAUCGUCAACGCCUUCUUCACGCAUGGCGCCUUCAACACAGCACUUCUAACGAUCGUCGCCAUCUCUGUCCACAGGUACCUGUGCGUGUGCCGCAAUCACCUGUUUGUCAAGGUUUUCACAACGAAAAGGACGAUAUUGUGCUCUUUUGUACUCUGGAUCUUGGGGUUCUGCGAGUGUUUGCCUUACCUGAUCAUGCUUAAAGAUGACACGACGGGCUACGGGCCAUUGGCUCAUUUAUGUGUCUUCUAUAAACACGAGUUCGGCAUUUACACAUGCGUGAUUGGUGCUGUCAUGCUCUUCCUGCCCAUACCUAUCAUCGGCGUCUGCAAUGCUGCUAUCUUCAGGGUCUGGAAACGCAGUCGAGCGCGACUUGGACAGUGGCAGCAGGAAACUAAGACACCCGAUCGUAAUCGACCUUCUUCGCGGCGAGACCAUGAUUGCAACGAAGGAUGUACAGUCCAGAAGAAUCUGGCAUUCUCUCAGGUUUUGACCAUGGCGAGCAACAACAGUUCGGAGGUGGAGUCUUUGCCGUUGGAGAGCAUCAGUUGUGGUGUGAAGGUCGUGGUGCUCGCUCUGGGGUGUUUGUCGUGCGUGUCCGGCAUUUUGGGGAACAUCCUCAUUCUCAGCACACUAAUGUCCUACAAGGUGCUGCGCUCUCAGCACAACAUGUACGUGGGCAACUUGGCUGUGGCAGACCUGCUGGUCAUCGGCUACUUCGUGCCGCACUGGCUGCUGGACGUCCUGCUCGGCUACCAGCCCGUUGUCAACGCCGUUCACUGCCAGGCAAACGCUUUCAUCAUGACCACCAGCUUCAUGGUGUCAGUGUACACGCUGGUGAUGAUCGGCCUUGACCGUUACAUCAGCGUGUGUCACAACGCUCUCUACGUCACCGUCGUCACCAAGAGUCGCACGGCCUUCACCUGUGUGUUGCUGUGGCUUGCCUCCGCCGCCAUCUCCGCUCUGCCUUUCUUCCAGGUGGGCAACACGCGCUUUUAUUACAACCGCAUCCUUCACUUCUGCAUAUACGACACUUCCAAUCCGCUGAGCCUGGGAUUCAUCCGCAACAUGGUCAACCUCAUAUUGCCUGCUAUCUGCAUCGGCAUCUUCAGUCUGGGCAUACUCAACUUCUGGAAGAAAAGUCGCAACAGAAUCGACCGCUGGACCUCUGGCAGAGAGCAGAAUGUGAGUGUCAGGAACAGAAUCUCGCAGUCAGACGUCGCUCUCGUCCGCUCUCUGGUCCUCGUCUUCGCAGUUCUGAUCGUCCUGUACAUCCCAUUUGCAUCAGGUACCUUGAUAUCCAAGAUGGUUCCUGUGUCAGCAGACACUUUCUCCAUCUUAUCCUUCCUUCUCUUUCUUAACCACAGCAUCAACUGGAUGGUCUACGGGUUAAUGAACAAGCAUUUUAAGGACGGUUACAAGCGGCAACUCCGGCUGUGCAUGAAAAGACAAACUACGUCAGACACUGGAGAAAAAACCAGAGUCACUCUGACUGUGGCCGAUGAAUCAACCAUUUAACCUAGGUGUUGCUAUUUCUAAGGGAAAAAAGUGAUAGCCCCACCCCACUCAAAUAUAUAAGAUUUUAGAUUGUAUUGCAUUUAAUUAACAAGGACCAUGGAGUUAGCAUGGGAACAUGUUUAGCCACAACUACAUCAUCUCACUUUGGUUGUAGUUUCAGUUUCUGUAGCAGGGGUUGUUUUCUGGGGUGGGGUUGCUGCUCAUCCCUCCUUCAUCCAGGCUUGGGACCGGCAGGUUACCCGGGGUGUUUCCAGGCGGAGUUAUGGCCUGGUAUAGUGGCUACCAAACAUAUGAGCAGUGAUUUCUGUAUCAAUACUGUAUUAAUAAUACUGGAUUUAGAAUUCACUCCACAUUCCCUCCUUUGCAAUUAACGAAGUAUUUAUGUAACACCAACAUGUUUAAUUUGGUGUGCCUCGUGUGAAUAUUGUGCUCAUUGUGUACAUAUCUCUUGUUUGUUACCAACCUGUAUAAUCUGUAUUGCUCAUGCACAGUGAUACAUAUUUCUUGCAUUUGUGUGUCACUAGCCAGCAUUGCCACAUUACUCACAUAUGCAUGUAUUACAGAGGUAUGAAUACCUCUUACAUUUGUUAUGCAACCUGUAUAAUUUGUUUUGUCCCACAUAGAUAUAUAUUGCAACAUUUCUCAUGUAUUGGUGUGUCACCAACCUGUAUAAUUUGUUUUGUCCCACAUAUAUAUAUAUUUUGCAAGAUGUGUACAUUUCUCGUGUAUUGGUGUAUCGCCAACCUGUAUAAUUUCCUGUUCCUCAUGUGAAUAUAUUCCAUGAUGUAGACAUUCGCCUUUCUUAUGUCUAUGAUUUUAAAUUAUCUUUAAUUUUCUGUGUACCUGAAAUUGAGAAUUUUCAAUUGAUAAUAAUUAAAUUAUAAUUAUGUUAUUAUUAAAUUUCGAUUACGUGUGAUUUAAUUGUUGUAAUUACUUGCAGGCCUUUAAGUGGAACGAACUAAUAAAAAAAUAUUGUUGGUUUACAUGUGGUAUAGAGUAAAUUUCAGCCAUUGUCACAAAUUCUCCAAGACACUUAAGAGCUGAACUCUAACAAAGACUUAUAAAACUAUUUUUGAAAAACCAGUAGCAUAUACCAAAACAUUUUAUUCUUCUACGGUCAAAAUAGCAUACCUUUAAUUUGUCUAUUACACUGACACUAUCAUGGAUCUCUGGCAAAAUUUACUAUAUGCAACUGUAGAUUAAACAUCUAUACAUUGUGUGUAUAUAUAAGUAUAGAUGCCUUCUGAAACUAUUAAGGAAGACAUAAAAAGAACCUGACAAUUACAAUGCUUAGGUUUGCUGUUUAUUCUCUGCUGUUAUAUCUGUCAUCAUUUUGACAGAACAGCACACAACAGUGCCUGUGCGAUUUAACUUUGUUUGUGAAGCACUCAGGCAUUACUCCUCGCAACCAUGAUGCCCAUGAGGCCUCGUUUUGGAAAGCCGGAAGAGCCGCACGUGAAUAAGGUCCUUGGCAUCUCUGCCUCAUGCAGUAUCACGCAUGUGGUCCGCAGGGACUUUUGGGGUCAGAGAAAAUCUCAAAUUUCCAGAUAGUGAGACCCACGUCUGUGGCUGCUAUUACAAUGUGUAUUUUAGUUCAGUUUGUGAUCAGUUACUUUUCUACCGAGGACUCUGAUUAUCUGUCUACUUGUCUACCAUGAUAACUUUGCAGCUUCAGAUGUUUUCGCGACUUGCACUGUAAUUAUUUAUCUCGUUUUGUACAUACACCCUCGUCGCACAAAACGAUUGAUAGCUCGUUACGAAUAUUAAUCCCAGCACUUCUCGCUAAUUAAAAGCACGCGCAUGUUUCUUAAAACCAUCGACAGACAAUUGUUCUCAAGAGUCUUUAGAAGACGCUCCAGCACUCCAGUCCAAGGAAUAACGAACUAGGAAGUGACACAAAGCUUGCUUCUUCGGGUCUUGCACCUACGUAAUUCCUCCAAGAAUUUUUAACCCUGAAUGUUUACUGUUCUCGGUGACAUCGGGUAAGCCCUGCAACGAAGGAAGACUGCCGCGAGAGGAUGAAGCUGUGGUGCUGAUGGUGGUCGUCGUGGUGAACGGCACCGUAACAAGACAACCGUAGACAGACAAGGGAGUGGGAUCAAAUAAUUAUGUCUUAUCAAUAACAACAACUUGAACUAUUACAGGAUCCAUGGUUGUCUCAGAAAAAUAAGUAUUCUUGGGCUCUAAUUCUUUUUUCUAUUAUUUUCAUGCAAUAAAUCGUUAUGCACUGCUGUGUCCUGUGUUUACGCUGGGCUGUCUGAAGAGAAAGCUAAAUGUUGACGAUGCACGCGUGUGCA